GCACGCUUCCGUAUUUUAUGUUUGUGUUUGUGUCAUGACAUGUACAUAUCAUGAUAGCAUCGUCUAUAACAUGUACAAUCCAUGAAGAAAUCUCAUUUCUAUGAGAUUCUCAUAGAAUGUAUUUUAUCCUAUGAUAAAAUACAUAAGCAAAGUAGUAGCUUUGUUUGUUUGUUUGUUUGUUUUAGGGUGUGUAUUGUUGUGGUUUUCUCAUUUCCUUUUUGGUAAAUUGACAGCAGUGCCUGGCUCUGGGCACUGAUGUACACAAGUGGUGUGUGUUUGCUACCUGAGCUUCCCUGGAAGUUACUGGGUCAUACAGGAUUUAAUUCCCAUAUUCCCUCAUCCAGGAUCUGCAUGUUUAUGACAAGGCAGAUGUCAGAACCAGUUUAACAUCAGAGAAAAUGUUUGACUCCCUUCCCAGCCUGUGUGAAGCUCUUUUUAUGAACUUCUGAAAAUAAAACCACCUGUGAAUCCUCAGGAGGAGGCAGUGGGAUGAAUGCUGGCACAGCCAGCUCUGGGCAUUUUGGCCACAAGUACUUGUUUUGUUCCCUUCCUUAGGUGACAUAUUAUAAAUGUGUUUUCUCACAGAGCUGAGAGCAGGAAGGAGAAAUGCUAAUAUGAAUACACUUUGUUUCCUUAAUUUGAAUGUGACUGUUAAAUGUCAUCUCUUCUUAAGUUACCUUUUUUUUUCUGAAGUGUUCUAAGUGAGAUUAAUGAGAAACAAAGCCCUUGCAUUCCCUCUCAAUCUCUUUUAGUGAAAAUAAAGUUACAGCUGCACCAUCUUUCUCUUGUUGGGUUUCUAGAAUGCAGAGGGAAGACCAGGAUACUCUCAAGUGCCUUAUUUAACUUUGACAUCAGUGUGGUGUUGUAUACAGUUCUUAGUUUAGAUGAAGGUUUUCUGAAAUUAAGAGAAAUCUGGUACCAUAUAAGUCCAUUGGGUAGGACAGAUCACUAAAGUUGUAGUAAAUGCAUACUGUAAUUAUUUCUUAUUUUUAAUUCUGCUUCUAGAUUCUCACUUAUUUUACCUAAGUUAAGUGAUGGAACCAUACACUAAAGAAAAAAAAUCAUCCUUGGGUCUUUUAUGUUCAUGUUUGUGUGAAAGAAUCUAGCAUGUUCCAAGAAAAGGCCUCAGCAAAUUGCUUAAAUAUAUUACCAACAUCUAUUGAAGAUGGUGCUUUCCAAAAAAAAGGCCAUAGUGCUCGAGUCCUUAGCCCAGAAGAAGUGGAAAAACUGGCAAAAGAUCAGGUUUUGGUGUCUGAGUUCAAACAACUAAAACUGGAGAAAGAGGCACAGAAGAACUGGGAUCUAUUUUACAAAAGAAACAGCACCAACUUCUUCAAAGACAGACAUUGGACAACCAGAGAGUUUCAAGAGUUAAAGGCGUGUCGUGAGUUUGCAGAUCAAAAACUGACCAUUCUGGAAGCAGGCUGUGGGGUUGGGAACUGCUUGUUUCCACUCUUAGAAGAAGAUAAGAAUAUUUUUGCAUAUGCCUGUGAUUUCUCUCCUAGAGCUGUUGACUAUGUGAAGAAAAAUGCCUUAUAUAGUGUUGAAAGAUGUAAAGUGUUCCAGUGUGAUCUUACCAAAGAUGAUCUUCUAGACAAUAUACCAGCAGAUUCCGUGGAUGUUGUCACACUGAUAUUUGUGCUUUCUGCCAUUCAUCCUGACAAAAUGCAUCUUGUCCUGAGGAACAUUUACAAGGUAUUAAAACCAGGCAAGUGUGUCCUGUUCCGAGACUAUGGCCUCUAUGAUCAUGCAAUGCUCAGGUUUAAAUCAGGCAGCAAACUUGGGGAAAACUUUUAUGUCAGACAAGAUGGGACAAGGUCGUAUUUUUUUACUGAAGAGUUCUUAUCUCAGCUUUUCAAGGCUGAGGGAUAUGAGCAAGUGGUCAAUGAAUAUGUGCAGCGAGAAACUGUGAAUAGGAAAGAAGACUUGCGUGUUCCAAGAGUUUUUCUUCAAAGCAAGUUUCAAAAGCCUUUCAGGGAGACAUAAGUUCAUUGCUUGUUUGAAAUGGAAACUAGCACAUCAGCUGUGUGCUCAUCUUUCUGGUGAAGCAAAAAUGUUGGCAUCCAGUCCCUCUUGUUGGUUUACAUCCUAGGAUACAAAAUAUGAAUUCUAUUUCUAAUUCAAUUUUAAGACAGUCUAGUGAUGCAGGCAACCUGUUGAGCAUCUGUAUUCCUGCUUCUAAAAUAAAACCUGUGCCACAUUGUUGGAGGAGCAGGUAAAGCAUAUAAAUAAACUUCCAUUUUUAUUAAAAACUAUUUUUAAAUAAG